GAAAAGAAAUAAACAGCCAACUAGAUCCCUUGCUACUCUACAUUUCACAACAUUUUAUUCUUCUAUGGAGUUGUCGGUAUUGUGCAACAACUAACAUUGAGCACUUCUCAAUGAAGGUAAAAGCACUAAUGACGCGAUGACGUUACAUUGGUGGAUGCAUUGGUUCUGGGUUACGACACAAAUUGUCGCAUCCCUGACGAAUCCAACUACAGAGAUGAUCGCGAGCAGUUCGCCCGCAUUGCUAAAUACGAGCAGAGCAGAGUCCAAGCUCGAGAGCAUCCAACAAAGUUAUAGAAUCGCCAAGGCCAUUGGUAUCGAAUCACCUGAAAAUCCCGAACAAGUUGCUGCUAAGAAUUUGUCGCGUAGCCUCGAAUUGAAUCAAUCGCCAGACACUGUUUCCUCUAUGCCAGAGAAGCCGAGGAAGACAUUGGGUACAAUUGAGAACAAGACAGACUCCGAUUUAUCCUUGAACAAAAGUGCUCAAGUUAGCCGAACUUCCGGUAAAAAGGAUACUAAAAUUACACGGACACAAGCGUUCACUAAGCCAUUGAAAACCAAGUAUGAAGAGAAAAUGCCAUCGACGACGUCUAGCGAUGAUGUCAAGGAAGACCUUAUGACGGUCAUACCAUUGCGGGAAGUUACUGAAAUUCCAAAUAUGAUCCGUAGGGAUCAGCAACAAUUAGCGAAGAAUCAUCCUCUGGAUCAAAUUGCAUCGGGGCAACAAACAUUUAAUCCCAUUGACGUUGGCACUGCAGCGUCGAUACUUGACGGUGCAUUAAGUGAUUCGAUGAGAUUGGGUCGAGCAAGAGGAACCUUCGUGAGUGAAUUGCAGCAGCAGCAUUUUUCAAACGAGAAACAUUUUAUAACCAAAGAUGAGACGAUUAAAGAGACUGUUGAAUCCAGUGCAAGUGUAACAGAAAUUGCAAUCAUCACCGGAAGCUGCUUGGCAAUUCUAAUACUUUUAAGUACCAUUGGCAGUUUAGGUUUUAUUAUGUACAGGCGGAAGUAUUUGAACCCACCACAAACUCUAAAUAGUGAUAAAUGCAGUAAUCCUGAUAGUUCCGGUUAUAUAGAUGAUUCUACAAUUCGGGAUAAUUCGGAAGAAAUGUAUAGCUUGGAUAACGACUCGUUCUUGAAUUCAUUAGAAGCAAUGACGAUACAGAACUAUUGGACUGACAGUGUCAAGCACACAAAACUAUGACCAAAUUGUCGGUUUUUUCAUCCAAUUAAAAAAUGUAAUUUAAUACACGCAUAUCCUCGCUUUAAAAAUACAUGUUCAAACUUUUAAGUAUUAUGUAUUAAUGGGAUCGCUCACACUAUAUUUUUCCAAGAAAAUCAGUGAUCCUGGUGAUCUAUCAUAUUAUUUUCACGAGUUGCUUAUAUGUUUAACGAGAUUAUGAACUAUUUAUAUAGAUAAAGUAUACUAUAAUAUUUCAUAAGCGAAUGAAAGCAGCAUAUUACAGUUUCAAGUCAUUUAAACUAACAUACAAUUCGAAAAUAGGAUAAUGACUGGGGAAUUUGAAAUAUGUUGAUAAAUAGUAAAACAGAAUAAUAAUGGAAAAGUAAGAAUGAUAGAGAAGAGUGCAAUAAUUCGAUGUACUUGACUAUUCAAAUGUACCGUCACGGCAAAUAUGAACUCUUAAAAUGAUAAGUACAAAUAUCGCAGACAUGAUUAAUUUUCUUUACUUUAAAGUUCCAUUCUAUUU